UUACUCAACUUGCAAGCCACAGUUAAACCCAAAGCCAAGUACCAGCCGUCUAAAACUGCCAGGUUUAAAGCCCUAUGGCUCUCUCACCACUGUUCUCUCUUCUCUCUUUCUUGCUCUUGUUUCACUCCUCCGUGGCCGACCCCAGGAACCUUAUCCUGGUCCAGCAGCAGCCCCUAGUCCUCCAGUACCACAACGGCCCACUCCUCACCGGUAACCUCACCGUCCACCUCCUGUGGUACGGCCGCUUCUCCGCCACCCAGCGCUCCAUCCUUGCCGACUUCGUCAGUUCCCUCUCCCCCGCCUCUGCCUCCUCCCCGCCGGCCCCAUCCACCGCAUCAUGGUGGCGCACCACCGCCCGCUACCGCGCCGCCGCCUCCAGCGUCUCCCUCGGCCUCCAGCUUCUCGACGAGAAGUACUCCCUCGGUAAAACCCUCACCUCCGCCGACCUCGCCACCCUCGCCUCCCGCGCUGGGCCCCACCACGGGGCGGUCGCCGCCGUGCUAACCUCCUCCGACGUCGCCGUCGAGGGGUUCUGCAUGAGCCGGUGCGGGACCCACGCGUCCGCCCCCGCCGCCCGUCUCGGCCGGGCCCGGUUCGCCUAUCUUUGGGUCGGCGACUCGACGGUCCAGUGCCCGGGCCAGUGCGCCUGGCCCUUCCACCAGCCCGUCUACGGCCCCCAGACCCCGCCGUUAGUAGCGCCCAACGGCGACGUCGGGAUGGACGGCAUGGUCAUCAACUUCGCCACGCUGUUAGCCGGGACCGUGACGAACCCUUACGGCGACGGAUACUACCAGGGGCCGGCGACGGCGCCGUUAGAGGCAGUAACGGCGUGCACGGGAGUGUUCGGGAGUGGGGCCUACCCAGGGUACCCAGGCAAGACGUUGUUGGACCCCACCACCGGGGCCAGCUAUAAUGCGAAGGGAUUGGCUGGGAGGAAGUAUUUGCUGCCCGCCAUGUGGGACCCGGAGACAUCGCAGUGUACCAGCCUUGUGUAAGAGACUCCAGGGACAAAAAUGUGCAAAAUUUCCGUACUUUUUUUUUCUUUUUUUUGUUAUUAUAUAUAUAAACUGUGAAAAGAAAGAAAGCCUAUAAGACUGUAAUCAAAAGUAGAGUGGAGGUGGGUAGGAAUGUAUUAAUAAGGAUGGGGUCUUCAAGUAUUAUACUUGAUGACGUUGGAUAAUAUUAUAAAGCAUAUUAGUAUUUGAACCAGGAAAAAAGAGUAAGUAUCAUUGUUCCAAUAUUGUUAUUUUUGGUUUGGAUGCGGAUGGAAAGAGACGUUUGAUUUGGCUUAUGGUGGGGGAGUGGACUGCACGAAUGCAGUAGCGAGGCGACGAGGACGUUCCAUAGUUUUUGGAUUCAAAGUUCUUGGUUGGCAGAUUGGUUUAUUAUUUGUAUUUAGUGUAGCCGAGUAAAAUGGAGUAAUUUUGGGAGUAAGUUAUUAUCAUUUAAUGAAAGUAAGUUAUUUUCAGGUUAAGUAAAAUAAAUAUUAUGAAAUAAUAGGGCAUUUAUGAUGUCUUUUU